AUGAAAUCAGUAUUUGUACUCCAAUUCAACAAUCACGGUUAUUCUUUCUUUUAUUUUCCUUUCCGGGGACGUCUCUUCCUGCAAAGGUUGAGAAGCCUGACCGGAGGAGGAAUCCGGGGGCUGCAUUUCGACGGACCAUCUUGAAACCUCCGUCGACAUUGCGGUAACCGCUUCGCAGUUAAUGCAAUGGAGCAGUCCCAUGAUUCAGGAACGGUACCUCCGUCGCUCGAAGCGCAUCAUGAAUCUCCAGUCCCUCCCACAUCGGAGGUCGAGAAUGGCCCAGACUCGGACCGCAAUCUUAGCGAGACCCAGACCUCUCCGAGCCGGCUGCUGACCCAGCUCUACACUGUCUCCUACCUGAUCCUCUUCUCUAUCCUCGGCACCCUCGCCCGGCUCGGCAUUCAGGCUCUCACGGCAUACGCCGGCACUCCCGUCAUCUUCACCUCCAUAUGGCCCAACUUUGCCGGCAGCUUGCUGAUGGGCUUCCUCUCCGAAGACUACAUGCUCUUCCGCGAGGUCCAUUCUGCCUUUAACCCGACCCCCAACAAUGGAGAGACCUCCGCUGGCGCCGAGAAACCCCAAGCGGCCCUCAAGAAGACCAUACCGAUCUACAUCGGCCUGGCAACCGGCUUCUGCGGCUCCCUGACCUCCUUCUCCGCCUUCAUGCACGACACCUUCCUGGCCCUGUCCAACGACCUCCCGUCUACUUCUUCUUCUUCCUCCCAAGAACAGCCGCUCGCGCCGCCGCCCAGGAGCGGAGGUCACACCUUCCUGGCCCUCCUCGCCGUCCCCAUCGUGACCGUCUCGCUCUCGCUCUCGGCCCUCUACCUCGGCGCCCACCUCGCCGCCGCCCUCGCCCCCUUCACCCCGGCGAUCCCGCGCGCCCUGGUUCACCGCCUCCUGGACCGGCUCGCCCUGCUGCUGGGCUGGGGCUGCUGGCUCGGCGCCGUCCUCCUGUCGGCCCUGCCCCCCCGGGGGCGCGCGGACUGGCGCGGCAAGGUGACGCUCUCGCUCGUCUUCGCGCCGCUGGGGUGCCUGGCGCGGUUCUACGCCAGCCUGUGGCUGAACGGGCGGGUCCCCGCGUUUCCGCUCGGCACGUUCGCCGUCAACGUCGCCGGCACCGGGGUGCUGGCCCUCGCCUGGGACCUUGCGCACUCCGGGGCGGCGGGCGCCGGCGCCGGGCUGGCCAUCGGGUGUCAGGUCCUGGUAGGCAUACAGGAUGGGUUCUGCGGGUGCCUGACGACCGUGUCGACGUGGGUCGGAGAGCUGGCUGCGAUGAGGAGGAAGCACGCGUAUAUCUACGGCGGCACGACCGUGUUGGGUGGGAUCGCGGUCGUGGUCGCGGUCAUGGGGGGGUUGAGGUGGAGUGGGGCGUACGAAGAGGGAGCUUGUCAGUAGCAUGCAGGGCCGCUCGGCAGGUUGAUGCACGUCAGGUGUUUGAUUUUCUUACAUGUUCCAAGAGAACGGUAAGCAUCGAGAGUAGUUGACAAUAGCGAAGCAGCGGGAAAAAAGGAGCAUCCAUAUAAUGAGAGGAUAUAGAUAUUGAUCAAAUAGUGCUUGAUCAUUGGUUUUGGGGACUGGCACGAGGAUAUAAAAGCGUAGUACUGAAUGAUUUCAAUUAUAUAGUAUUGAGUUUAGCGUUAAUUAGAUAUUAGAUCAGUCCCAGCGUUGUACGGGACCAUAGAUACAAGGUGG